UAAACACACGUGUUUUGCUCCUGUCAAAAAAUUAAAUGGAUAAAUCUACUAUUGGCUUCAAGAUAUUUGACUGUCUUGAUUUCUUAUGUAGAAAUAAUGCCUCCAUCUCUAAAGAGCUUUCCAAGUUUUUGAGCAAACAGAUAUGGAGUCCAAGUGACAGACGAGAGAUUCUUGAAAAAUUGAGUGAUGUGUUCUUGACCGGUCAGGUUCGGCAAUUUGGGGCAAUUUUUCGUCCCCUGCUACUGGAUAUUAUAACUAGAACUGGACACAAAAUAGAAGAAUGUGGGACACCAUUUGAUAAGCAUCUAAGCUUUUGUGUUGCUCUCUCAAGUUGCCUGCACUGGCCGGACAUUCAAAGGUUUACUCUGAGUUACGUGAAGGGGAAGCCGAGCUUCCUAGCUCCUGAGAAUGGCGAAACAGCAGAACCAAAGAAGAAAAAACGGAAAAAAUCCAAGGGUCAAGAGGUCACAAGGGUGCAGGCUGCAUGGCUGUUUACAAAAUACCUUGGUGAAGAUGUUACAGAGUUCCUCCCCUUGGUUGACAUUCUGCCAUUUACAUCAAAUGAACAUGGUCAUGUCAAAUGGUUUGCCUGUCAGACUGUUGUGGAGAGACAAGGCAUGUCCCCGGCAGCCAGGAAGGAAUACCUUUUACAGCACUUCACAGAAGAUAAACUCAGGGAGCUAACAAUCAAGUUUUCUACGGAUACACCACAUACAUCGGUUUCUACUGAUGUUCAGUGUGUACCUGAGUUGACCAAUGAGGUGUCCCAUACACGUCACAUGAUCCUGGAGACUGACUUCUGUGACAAGGUCACAUGUGUGGGAGGAGUGUUACUGUCAAAAAAGAAAACAGAAUCUGAAGUGAAGCUGGACCUACUUCCUGUCCCGUCCAAUGAGAAGAACCUGCACAGCAUUGCCAUGGCAGUGUCUGCGGGGUCACCUGUUCUGCUCCAGGGAGUUGUGGGCUCAGGAAAGACAACUCUGGUAGAACAUCUUGCAAAACUGACUGGCAGAGCUACAGCCCCUGCCUUAAUGAAGAUACAACUUGGUGAUCAGAUGGACAGCAAGGCUUUGCUUGGCACAUACAGGUGCACAGAGGUGCCUGGGGAGUUUGUCUGGCAGCCGGGCGUUCUGACCCAGGCCGUAACCAAUGGCUACUGGGUGUUGUUGGAAGACAUUGAUGAGGCCCCGAUGGAGGUGGUGUCUGUCCUCUUGCCCCUCCUAGAGACUAGGGCCCUCUCCGUGCCAGGGCAUGGGGACACUGUCAGGGCGGCACCUGGCUUCCAUCUGUUUGCCACUCAGAGGUUGGUGAGCAGCAGUGCUGGUUGGCAGCGAAAGCAGACUGGUUCCAGUGCCCUGCUUGAGAAACUGUGGACUAGCGUGCUGGUGGAACCUCUGUCACGGGAUGAACUAAAGAUGGUGAUAUGUACCAAGUACCCAGCCCUGGAGACAGUUGUCGACCGUCUGCUGGAUAUCUACUUCAUGUUGUCUGCUGGGGGUCAUGAGGGGUCAACUGCUGGGGGUCAACAGGGUGCCUCUGCUGGGGAUAUUGAGGGGGCACCUGCCAUUGCUAUGGAGAUGGUGGAGAGCACUGUUGGCAAGUUCCUGUCCCGAGAUGGUCGGCAAAUCUCCACCAGGGACCUGAUGACAUGGUGUGGGAGGGUGGGGCGAGACUUUGAUGUUGUGUCCCCAGAGUCGGGCAGUCUCGCCCUCCAGGAGGCCAUGGACUGUUUUGUGGCGUGUAUUUCCCGGCCUGCAAGGCGCUUUCCACUCGCAGAGGCUAUUGGGGCAAAACUCAAUGUGUCCAAACCCAAGGUUGAGUAUUUUUGUGAGAAGUACAAGCCCGAUGUUACGGUGACUCCGACCAGCUUUACCGUGGGGCGCGUAACUCUCCCAAUACAACCUCAGCCCACUCUCCAGUUACUCAGGCAGAAGAGCACAUUCUCGUUCACAAGGCAAUCAAGCAUAUUACUGGAGCGAGUGGCAAUGUGCAUGUACAAUCGAGAACCAGUCCUGCUGGUUGGGGAAACUGGAACCGGAAAGACUUCCUCCGUACAAUACCUUGCACAACAGCUAGGCCAUAAGUUACAUGUGAUCAACAUGAACCAGCAGAGUGAUAGUGCAGACCUUCUUGGAGGGUUCAAGCCAGUAGAUGUGAGACACAUUAUCAAGCCUUUCUACGAAGAUUUUGAGCUGCUCUUCUGUAAAACUUUCUCUAGAAAACAGAAUGCCAAAUUUCUCGGCCAUUUGCAGGAAUGUUUUGGUAAAAGGAAAUGGGAGGCCAUGUUCUCACUGAUGGAUCAUACCAGCAUCUCCGCUCUCAGCAAGUUCAAAAAUGACCGGCAGACAUUACCCAAGUGGUCUGGUAUACAUAGAAGGCUGGGUCAGCUCAAACUGCAGGUCCAACAGACACAGAAUGCUCUGGCUUUCACCUUCAUGGAGGGGAGUCUGGUAAAAGCAAUGAGGUCAGGUGACUGGGUUCUUCUGGACGAGAUCAACCUGGCUGCCAUGGAAACCCUGGAGUGUCUCAGCGGGCUUCUCGAGAGCGACACGGGCUCCGUCCUGCUCAUGGAACGCGGUGAUGUUGAGCCGGUGAAGCGCCAUCCAGACUUCCGCCUGUUUGCCUGCAUGAACCCCGCCACUGAUGUUGGCAAGAGGGACCUCUCCCCUGGCAUCCGAAACAGGUUUACCGAGUUGUUUGUGGAUGAGCUAGAAGACAGCUCUGAUCUAAAGAUCCUGGUUCGGGACUACCUACAGGGCCUUUCACUAACCGCCGGUCAGUUGGACGGUGUGGUUAAGUUCUACCUGACCCUGCGGUCCGAGGCUACGAAGAAAUUGACUGACGGGACUGGUCAUCCACCCCACUACAGUCUACGGACGCUCUGUCGGGCACUGAGGUUUGCUGCCCUGAACAGCUGUGGAUCAGUGCCUCGCUCAUUAUAUGAGGGUUUCUGUCUCAGUUUCCUCACUCAGCUUGAUCGCUCCUCACACCCAGUGGUACAACAACUAGUGUGCCAAAACAUCAUUGGCAGAUCCAACGUAAAAGGAAUCCUUAAACAGCCCCUUCCAGCCCCACCAGGUGGACAGGCACUCAACUUUGAGGGGUACUGGAUAAAGGCUGGGGGUCUGGAGCCAGCCACGCCACAGAAUUACAUACUGACCCCAUCAGUGAGGGCUAACCUGAAGGAUUUGGCUAGAGUGGUGUCUGCUGGGCAGCACCCAGUGUUACUACAGGGGGAAACGUCAGUGGGGAAAACCAGUCUGAUCAACUGGCUGGCACAGUCUAGCGGGAACAUGUGUGUCCGCGUUAACAACCAUGAACACACUGACCUACAAGAAUAUGUCGGCUCGUACGCAGCUGAUGAGAAUGGAAAGCUGGCGUUUAAGGAAGGUGUGCUUGUGGAGGCCAUGAAGAAGGGCCACUGGAUAAUCCUCGAUGAGCUGAAUCUUGCACCAACUGAUGUUCUCGAGGCCCUGAAUAGGCUGUUAGAUGACAACAGAGAGCUGUUCAUUGCUGAAACCCAGGAGAUGGUGCGGGCUCAGCCAGGGUUCAUGCUGUUUGCCACCCAGAACCCGCCCGGUCACUAUGGAGGCAGGAAGAUGUUGUCCAGGGCAUUUAGAAACAGAUUUGUGGAGCUUCACUUUGAUGAGAUUCCUAGCAAGGAGCUGGAGACAAUCCUUCAUGAACGCUGUGACAUCCCUCUUUCAUACGCUCGACGUCUUGUCGCAGUUAUGGGCGAGCUUCAGACUCGCAGACGGGGCUCAGGCGUGUUUGCUGGGAAGAUGGGCUUCAUGACCUUGAGGGAUUUGUUCAGAUGGGCGGAGAGAUACAAGUGCCCGGAGAUGGAUAAAAAGAAGUUUUACAAUUGGGAUAAACACUUGGCUGAUCAAGGUUACAUGUUGCUUGCCGGCAGGGUGAGGAAGGCAGAGGAGACUGAAGUCAUACAGGAAGUGAUACAGAAACAUUUUAAAUGUCGUCUGGAUGCCAGUACAUUGUUCACAAUGGACCAGUCCACUUCACUCACCUCCAAAUCCACUCUGGAACAAGUCCUUAGCCAAUCAGCUACUGGCUUUCAUCACAUCGUUUGGACCUACAGCAUGAGAAGAUUGGCCGUUCUGAUUGGUCAAGCUAUAAAGUACAAUGAACCAAUCCUACUGGUGGGGGAGACAGGUUGUGGGAAAACGACCAUGUGUCAGCUGUAUGCAGCACUCAAUAAGUCUGCUCUACAUGGUGUGAAUUGCCACCUUCAUACAGAUAGUGCUGACUUCAUGGGAGGAUUAAGGCCAAUUAGAGAUCACCAAGAUGAAAGUAAGAAAGACAAGCUAUUUGAAUGGGUAGAUGGCCCACUUGUACAAGCAAUGAAAGAGGGAGCCAUGUUUCUCAUAGAUGAAAUCUCAUUGGCUGAUGACAGUGUCCUUGAAAGGUUAAACAGUGUCCUUGAACCUGAGCGGACAAUCCUAUUGGCUGAGAAAGGGGGCGGAGAUGGAGGAACCAAUGAGGUGGAACAGGUGGUUGCUAGGGGAGGAUUCCAUGUGUUUGCUACAAUGAACCCUGGUGGAGACUUUGGGAAGAAAGAGCUAUCGCCAGCCUUGAGAAACCGGUUUACCGAGAUCUGGUGUCCUCCAUCAGACUCUCGACAGGACUUGAUCAACAUAAUCGAGCACAACCUUCACUCUGGCAUCCACUUGUGUAACCAGGAAGAUGGAACCAGCGGCAUCGGUCGAGCCAUCAUGGACUUUGUGGAGUGGUUCAGGAAUAACGAGAUAGGGAAAAGAUGUACAGUGAGUAUCCGAGACAUCUUGACCUGGGUCCAUUUCAUCAACACCUGUGCCCGGAAGGUGGACACUGCCAUGGAAACAGACCAGGAGACACCAAACCAGUUAGAACCGGCUGUGGCUUAUAUUCACGGGGCCUGUCUGGUGUUCCUAGAUGGACUAGGGGCAGGCACAACAAGCCAGGGUAAAGAUGAUAUCAUACGCAAACAGAGGUCAGGUUGUCUGGCCUUUCUGCUGAAACAAGUGAACUCCCUGACCCAUCAACAGUUUGAACUCUCUGACCUUGGUCUCCUUGACUACAGUCUUGUGACGAAACAGGUUGUCAUGGAAACAGAAAAUGAUUUCUGCAUUCCACCAUUUAGCAUUGUGAAAGGAGACAAGCGGCCAGCUCAUGGUGCCAUGUAUGCCCUUGAGGCCCCAGGCACCUGCAGGAACGCCCAACGUGUGUUACGGGGUCUUCAACUGCCCCGCCCUCUCCUGCUAGAGGGAAGCCCAGGGGUGGGAAAAACCAGUCUAGUUACAGCAAUAGCAAGGGCUUCAGGGAGGGACUUAGUCAGGAUUAACCUCUCAGAGCAGACGGAUGUGACAGACUUGUUUGGUGCUGACCUCCCCGUUGAGGGUGCAGAGGGCGGGGUGUUUGCUUGGAGAGAUGGUCCAUUACUGCAGGCACUCAAGGCUGGCAGCUGGAUUGUCCUUGAUGAGUUGAACCUUGCCUCGCAGUCAGUUCUUGAAGGCCUGAAUGCCUGUCUUGAUCACCGUGCAGAGGUGUACGUUCCUGAGCUUGGAAAAACAUUCCACAUCCAGCAUGAACGAACACGUCUCUUCGCCUGCCAGAACCCCCUUAACCAGGGUGGAGGUCGCAAGGGUCUUCCGAGAUCCUUCCUCAAUAGAUUUACACAGGUGUAUGUGGAGCCGCUUUCAGAGGCGGACCUCAUGUUCAUUGCCACGACCAUGUACACAGAUAUACCAGAACAUACACUCCGUAACAUGGUUACAUUCAACAUGAAGAUGCAUGAGGAGGCUGUGUUGAAGGGCUCGUUUGGACAGAAAGGCGGGCCUUGGGAGUUCAAUCUGCGUGACCUCUUCCGCUGGUGUGAUUUACUUGUUCAAAACCAGAGUAAAGACCAUCUUGACCCAGGGGAGUACAUAGGCCUGAUUUACUCAGACAGGAUGAGGACCGUCACUGAUAAACAACAGGUCUACAACCUUUUCCAAUCCCUGUUCCCCGCAGACCCAACACCAUACUCCUGCUCUGGAGUUUUCUACUGUGACCUUGACCAUGUACAAGUGGGUCACUCCUUCCUCAAGGUCAAAGGUCAAGGCUAUCACCAUGGUGACAGGGAAAGGUCAUUGCAGAUUCUGCAUCACAGUCUCGGGCCUCUGGAGUCGCUGAUGAAGUGUGUGGAAAUGAAUUGGAUGGCAAUAUUGGUUGGUUCCCCGUCCAGUGGCAAGUCCAGUACAGUGGAGAUGUUGGCCCAGCUUACAGGGAACCGGCUCAAUGUUUUAGCUAUGAACAGUGCCAUGGAUACCACGGAGCUUCUUGGCGGAUUUGAACAGGCAGACGAAAGCAGACACAUUGAGGAAGUUGCUGCUGAUGUCAAGGUCAUUGUUGACGAAAUCUGCAGCAGGUGCUUGUUGCUUAGCAACCAUGAAAGCAUUGCAACAGUAACCAAGCUACAGGAACUAUGGAAACAGUUCACAAGCUGCACCUUAUCAGGAAUUGGUGUAUCAAGUUCUGAGGAGGUGGACCAGCGAAGAGCACAGAUAACAAAACUACAGGCUGUAAACAAAGUCUGCAGGAAAGCUGCUCGCUCACAGCUGCAGUUACAUGACUUGACAGAAAAAGUGUCAACAUGCAGACAGAGACUGACUAAACUGCAAGAGAAACUCUCAUUGGCUGUUGCUGGGAAAGGAGGCGGGGCUUUUGAGUGGAUUGACAGCCUCCUGGUGAAGUCGCUCAUUCAGGGUGAUUGGCUGCUUGUAGACAAUGUUAAUUUCUGCAGUGCCUCAGUGUUGGACAGACUAAAUGCCCUCUUGGAGCCUCACGGGGUUCUCAGUAUCAACGAGAGAGGGGUCAUAGAUGGGGAAAUCCCAACUAUAAAACCACACCCAGAUUUCAGGUUGUUCUUGUGUAUGGAUGCGAGGCAUGGGGAGAUAUCUAGAGCCAUGAGGAACAGAGGCAUUGAGAUUUACAUCCCCGGCGAGGAGGACAGUGUGCCCUAUGAAACCCAUGAUCUAAAGUUGAUAGCCAGUGGGCUCGGUCUCAAGUCCAUGGUGGUUUUUGAUUGGCUGUUGGAACUUCAUAACCUCCUUAGGGAAGAGUUACCAAGGGGAGAUAAGCCAGGAGUACAGAGUCUUCUGCAGGUUGCAGCCCAGGUUGUACAGCACUCUAACCAUGGUAACAACCUUGAGAAGUCGGUGAAGGCAGCAUGUCACAGUGUGUAUGUACAAAGGCAGCGCCAUACACAGGCCAGGAAGCUGUCUCUUGAACUGGUUGGCAAACAUUUAGAAUCAUGGCCAGGAAAUGAGCGUCUGGCCAGCCCCCAUCCUGAACUAGGCCUGUUUCCACGGCAACUUCCUGAUGUUGCCAUGGUAACCAGUGACCCAGAUUUUGCCAUGGUGAUGAGGAAUAUGGCAUUAUUUAUGCAUGAGAUGGAAACAAAUCAUAUAAGAGACCUUGAUGGGAAACUAAAGCAUGUGCUAGAAUUGGCACUCAGUCUGACGCCUGAGAGCAGUUUUCCAUUGAUGAUAGACUGGUUACAGACUUACUGUAAUAACAAGCAGGCAGACCUGUCAGGUGUAUGUAAAUAUGUAGUGCCCAGUCUACAGGAAGUGACCUCACAUCUGGCAGCUGUCAAAGUCAGUGAUAAUAUGGCCGCAGUAUUUCGACAGUCUGAAAUAGCCUGUACAGCCAUGGAUCUACAGUGGAAUGUCCAGUACUUUGACCGGCAGACCAGAACAGUUGACAGUGGUGAUUUAGAUGAUAUGAUUACUCAACUGACCACUCUUUUUAACAGACUGCAUGUCCAACAGAGGGUCCAGGUUGAGCUGUAUCUGCUGAGACGGCAACUUGAAUCACUGCAGGCCGCCCUGGACAGGGAUAAGAGUCGGGGACAGCAGACAACACACGAGGCUAUUCCACAUCUGGUGUCCCUGUUCCCUCUUGUUGCCAUGGCGAUCACCAACGCUGUUCCUGACAUGAACCUCGAGGCCUAUCCUGAAGUUGUUAAGGUGCUAGAGGCUUUCCAGUGCUGGAUUCGUUUGUACCACAUGGCUGCCGAGAUGGUCACUGCCAGGGGAGAAUACUCCAUGCUCAGUCUCUUUUGGAAAUGGGCCAAGAAGGCUCUACAGGACACUGGAUGCUUUAAGGGGAAGCAAAUCUCCACCAUUGUCAGUAGCCUACAGGCAGUUCUUAGCAAAGAUGAUAAGAAGUGGAAGGUGUUUGUGAAGUUCCGAAGGUCAUGGGGUCAUCCAAGGCCAUUCGAAAGCAAUGUCAAGGCCAGCCUCUACAGGGAAACCAUGGAGUUGUUCAGAUGCCUGGAACUGGGACCCAGACUUAACGACUUGUUGAAUGAAGCUAGGGUGAAGGUCAUGGUGAAACAUAGACUGGCUCUGGUGGACGCUGCUUCAAAAUUACUGGAAUUUGAGGAUACAGAGAACAUUGAAGACUAUGAAGAAGUGAUGCAAUCCAUUCAACAGCUGUUGACCAAUCACAAGCUCUUAUCAAGGCAUGACAACAGUGUUGCCAUGGAGAUAGAUGAUCAUGUGAUCGCAGACAACCAAUCAGGAGACGGCAAAGCAGAUGACCUCCCUGUGACCUUUGUACAACUAUGGCCGGUCUUCGAUCAUUGCGCAUUUCUUGAAGGCUAUAAGAUGUUGGAGAAACUAUUCCUCUCGAAUGUUUCUAGUGACCAUAUGGACAGUUUUCAUAGCUACCUGUCAUUCUUUACAACUUUCAAACCCACGAGCUUGGUUUUGUUUAAGGAGAUGAAGGACUUGGACAGUAAGGUUCAUCUUUCCCAAGUGCAAGCUGUAUUGUUAGAAAGGUUACGGAAAGGACACAAUGUUCUCAACCCUGGUCUAUGGCUGACUUGGAACGAAAAACAUAGUACUGAAGAAGACACAGUGGAACAGAAUUACUCAGUCCUACAGCCUGUGUUGUCUGUUGCCAUGACAUCACUGUUGUCAAGACCAGACAAGAUGGUUUCCAUGGAAACGGCUGAUGUGAAGAUCGGUGCGUCUGUGAAGAGUUACUCAAGGGAGAUAACCCAGCUGUCAUACCUCAGCCAGCAUGUGUGGACUCACGUUUGCUCUUACAGCAGCUUGAAUACAUUAGAUGUUGAGAGAGGCAAUCUGAUAGCUACACUUGUCCAUUCUCUGAAAUCCAUGGAUGGCGUCAUGUCAAGAGAUUGUCCUGAAGAAUACACACAGAAGCUUGAAACCAUAGCGACCAGCUUCGACCUAUCAGAAGACAGUUUAAAAAGCAUUGACUAUAUCCUGCAUGUUCAUUGUACUCUGAAACACAUGGAAAAAGAGCAGAACAAUUUGAUGGAUGAGGCUAUCAAUUCAGUUGCCAUGUUGAUCCAGGGUGAGACCACUGUAGGUGCAGAGGAGGUGGGGCAGACUUGGGUGAAGGUGGGGCUCUUCAAUAUGGCCAUGUUAGCCCCACAGGCACCUGUAGAUCCGGUGGAAAAACUGACCAUUAAGAUGGAUAUUCUUAAGGAGGAGCUUGCUGAGGUUGAAACAGAACUUGAUGUACUGUGUACCCACCAUAGACUGGUUACAGGCCAGGAGUUGACUGAGCAGUCAGACAGACUGGUUCAUCCCAGAGUGCCGUAUCUCAAAGGGAGAUUACUUCAACUCGGGGAACAAAUCGCUCAGUUAGAGAAGCAGGUUGCUUACAGGCCUACGCCAUCUCAGUAUUCCCAGUUGGUAGCAGACGUGAAGAACUUUAUGUCUAGCGUAGCGUCAGUAGAAGCAGUUGGCAUAUUAACAGACAAACUCCUAAGUGAAUGUCGGCAAAUCUCGAUGGCAACGGUGGAUAACGUUUUGAGGAGAGUUGGAUUAUGGGAGCGCUCAGUCGAUAAGUUCCUGGACUCGUUGGAGAGGCAGUACCCCAUAUACAGGGAUAUUACUGCACCGUUUAUGUGUGCUGUGCAGCAGAUGGUUCACGGAAUGCAUUUGUUACGUCAUGAAGUAAAGAGAGGCCUCGCCCUUCAAAAAUUGAAUAUCACUUCAAUCAACAAUUCACAUGAGAUCAUUUCCAGAUUAGAAGACCUAGUGUGCAUGGUGGGAAAAUUCCCAUCCUUGUCAAGACAGGUACCCUCGUGUCUCCACUUAGCUACAGCCUUGACCUCUGACCCUAGCCUCACUCUGGUGAAACAGGUGCUAUCAAGGUCAAAUAUGGAGGACACACCACAACCUGACCAAGUUUUGACAGGCACUGACAGCAUUCUGUUGGGCUGUUUACACCACCUAGUAUUAGAGGCGGAGACUAGAGGUCAGCUGACUAGCAACCUUGUGGUGACCUUGACCUUGAUACUGGACAUGUAUGUGUUGGCAUGGCAACAGGAAGAGGAAGCCAGAAAGGUCAAGGAGCAGGAAGAAGCAUCACUAUAUAGGUACAAGUCACAGGUGCACGGAGAUGAGAGAUCGGAGGAGGAACAAAUUGAGGCAGAGUUCCUGCACAACUUCCCCACUUACAAACAGGACUUUUUGGACUUGAUGGAACCAAAUUCUUUAGAAGAGAUAAACAUGCAAACAGAAGACCCUGAUGAGCCACAGCCAUCGCUUCAUGUAACAAGCUACCAGAUGACCCUGAUCUGCCGGGUCCAUCAGAGGCUUUACAAUCAUCUGGUGCACACCGACUGGUACAAGCCGGUUGCUAUGGAAACCCUGAAGGUGUUUGAUUGGAUAAAACCGGUGUUGGCCACCUACACUGCAGCGUCCUUGUUGACAGUGAAACUUGCAGAUGUAAUGAGUAGCCGUGUGGACAGUAAGCUCCUUGGCGGCCAUCUUGUGGUGUCUGCUGUUCAACAGUACUGCAUCCAACAAGCAUCAGAGCAGGCGGAUCAAGCCCUUGUUGAGGGGCCCAGUGUGUACGACAUCUACCAUGACCCCAAUAUCCCAGAGGUCAUUCAGUGCCGCCCUGUGAUGAAUGCCCUCAGGUCAAGGGUCACAGAGCUACAGGGGGAGUGGCCGGACCACCCUACAUUGAAACAGCUGCAUGAGAUUAUGGACAGAAUAGAGAGCUUCCCUAUUACAUCGCCUGUGAUGAAAUUCCUUACCGGGAUAGAACUGCUGCUACAAAGUGCCCAGGAGUGGGAGAGCAAUGCAUCCCAACAUGUUUCCAUGGCAACACAACUUGGUGAAAUCUCCAGACUGAUUGUUCAAUGGCGGAAACUGGAAUUGAGUUGCUGGAGUAAGGCUUUGGACACAGAGGAACAGAGGUACCAGUCUGCAGCAAGCAAGUGGUUUUUCCAUGUCUACCAAACAGCCCAGGCCACUCUGCAAAUUAAUUUAAACACUGAGAACAUUGAGGAAAGUCCUCCAACGAUAGAGGAAUUCACCAAGAUUAUCAAACAGUUCAUGGAGAAAUCCACCCUAGGGGACUUCCAGGCUAGGCUACAGAUGAUUGUCAGCUUUCAUUGUAGUCUUGUUGCGAUGGAAUCACAGGAGGCAAAUACUGUUUCCAUGGAUACAGAACAAAAUGGCAAGAAUGAAGUUUCCAUGGAUAUGGAUCAAAUUGGAACCAUUCUAGAAACUGAUGCGGAAAGUGACCAAAAGAAAGACAAAGAAACCAGUCAGGAGACUAUUGAACGAAGGAGAAUAAUGGCAAAUGUUUUGUGGAAUGUCUACCAGUUUUACAGCAGGUUCUUCGAUAGCGUUAAAGCAGAACUGCACCGGUUGAGGCAGCCUAUUGAAAAAGAACUAAAGGGUUUUGUAAAGAUAGCGAGGUGGUCUGAUAUCAACUACUGGGCACUGAAACUGACGGCAGAGAAGACACACAGAACCUUGCAUAAACAUCUCAAAAAGUUCCAGGGUGUACUACAACUUCCUGUUCAGGGAAUUCUGGGAGAUGUUGCAACUGGGGCCACCUCUGAGCCAGGGGCAGGUCACUCUACCUGGGCAGACACAUUACUGGCUUACCAUGAGGCUCUCAUAGAAAAGUUGCGACAUUUUCAGACUCCUGCUGUUGCUAGUCUCGUGAAUGUUGACCAGCUACCCCCAGACCAAAUCCCUCUACAACACAAGCUCUCCCAACUGUGUAGCCGGGUCAACAAACACUGGGUUACCAUAGUAACCAAGGGCAGAUACUGUGAACGGGUUGCUAUGGUGGACCAGUUCACAGGGGAGCUCAUUGAGGAGAUACACAGCCUUCAGGCUUUGGAUGUAAACAGGACCCUUGAGAAGGAGAAGCAGAAGUCUGAAGCUAAACACAUCAACCUGCGCAGGAGAAAGGCUCUCAGUGACCUCUUCAAAUACUUAGCAAAUCUCGGGUUGUCGUACCGGAAGGGCCUGAUGGCAUGUGAACAGGACCCAGAUGCAGCCCUUAAAGUGACCCCAUUGGACCUGAACGUAGUGCUACAGGGGGACAGCUCUGUCCAGAAUGUUUGGAGCGGAUGUCAGGAAUACUUUUAUCGAUGCGUGUCCAGACGUUCCCAGUUCCUGACAGCCCUUGCAAGCCCAUCCAAAGAGCUUGGGAUCAGCAACAUUGACCGCUGCAAGGGUUUCGCCGAACAUCUCUACUCAUUGCUCAUUCGACAACAGAAAGUGGUGGCCACAUUGACCUCCAACUACAAGCAUAUCAGGAACACAGUCACCAAUGUUGAGAAGUUGAAGACAGCUGAGUGUGUUGUCCAAGAACAAGGAGAGACAAUCAAGUGGAUGGACCAAUGUCGAACAUUGGUCGUACAGAUGAUAGAAGGACUCAGCCAAUUCCACGCUCUACUUCUGUGUUGCCCGGGGAAACAGGGACAGACAACUUUUCACCCUUCACCCCUGCCAACCUCUGACCUUCAUGAAAUGGCCUUGGUCAGAUUUGGAGAUGAAAAGUUGAAAACAGCCAUAACAGAUGUGCAGGAACUUGUAGCAGAAUUGAGGACGGUUCAGGCUUCUAUUCCAUGUCCCAGUGAGCUUGUUAUUGUCAUCAGAGAUGACAUACAAGUCUUACAAAAUGUUUUCCAAAAGAUACACAGUUACAAACCAAAACUGAUAAGCCUCGCCAAACAGUUUUCAACCUCAGAGUUGGACAAAACUAAUGCAUUCACAGACGUUCUAAACCUUUUGAUUGAAGAGUCAGCCUCAAAGUGGACUCAAUUUGAGGUUUUCUAUAAGAAAGUGAACUCUGGCACUAGUGAAUGUUUUGAAGAAGAGGAAAAUGAAGAAAGUCUCCCAUAUCUGGCGAAGAUUGAGUCAGUGAUCGCCAGUGUGCUGCUUGUUGUACAGAAACAGAAGAAGAAAGCUGAUGCUUUGUCAGGUGGUAACGGUGCUGGAACUGGGGAGAAUGAUGGUGAAGAGCCUACAGAUGAGAUGGAGGAAGGCCAACUUGUCAAGCGUAUUCUGGACAGUCUCCAGGAAGACUCAAACACACUCAAAGUUACAGAGGUGCUAGACACACUGCAGUCACUGGUGAAGGACAUGACAUCUCAUAGGACAUCAAGCAGGGAACCAUGUUUGGUGAUGUUGACCAAUCGUCUUAUACCUUUCCUUCACCAGUAUGAGGGCAUUGUUCACCACCAUCUUGUUAGCAACACCGCUGCUAUGAGAACUACAGGAAAACUGUUGUCGGUGCUGCUUGGUGUGUUUACUGAUCUAGCAGCAAAGGGCUUUUGUAUACCACCUGAGUUUUCAGACGAGAUGUCAGGGGAGGGAGCGACAGACUUUUGUGAUAUUGAAGAAGGUGGUUUAGGUGAUGGAGAGGGAGUUAAGAACGUCAGUGAUCAGAUAGAAAAUGAGGACCAGCUUGAUGAAGCAAAGCGUCCGGAAGACUACAAGCCGGAGGAUCAGUCUGACCAGCCAGACAUCAAGUCCGAGGAGAACGCUAUAGAAAUGUCUGAGGACUUUGAAGCGAAGGUUCAGGAUCUGGAAGAUGUGGACAAGCAAGAGGAUGAUGAUGAAAAGGAAGAUGAAGGAGAAGAAGAUGUUGACAAGCAAAUGGGAGAUGUUGAUGGGGAUGAGGAUGACAAACUGGACGAGCAGAUGUGGGGCAGUGAUGAAGAGCCAGAGGAAUCGCAGGAGGAUAAGAAGGAGGAGACAGGGCCGGGUGGGGGUAAGCAGAGUGAGUCAGAGCUGGUGGCCAAGGAUGACAAUGAGGACCAAGAUACAGGGGAGGACAAGGAAACUGAACAUAAGGAUGAAGACAAUGAAGAGGAGAAUGAGAGGAAGCCGAAAGAACUUGAUAUGGAUCAGGAGGAUUAUGAUGAUGAUCAAGUUGAUCCGUAUCAUGGGAAGCAAGAGGAACAGCAAGCACCUGAGGACCUUGAUCUGCCGGAUGACCUGAAUCUGGAUGAUGCAGAAGACAAUAAUGAAAAAGAGGGAGAACAGGAAACUGAACAUAUGGAUGAAAAUGAUACAGAUGAAACUAAACUUCCUCCAGAGGAGGGUCCCGAUGAAAACAAUGAAUCUGAGGAUGCUGAUGUCAAUAAGGAAGAAGAGACUACAAAGGACAAUGAGGAGGAAACUCAGGGUCAAGAUGAAGGCACAGAUGCAAAAGAAGAACCUCAAGAUGAUAAAGACGAGAAUGAGAGAAAAGAAGAAGAGGGACAUGAAGACCCUGGAUUCACACCUGAGGAUGAGGCAGUAGUUAAUACAGAGGAUAAAGACGACACAGACACACAGGAAGCAGAUGACACCACACAGGCAGUGGAGCAUCAUGGGAAGACGUCACAUGACCAGACAGAGAAUGUAGAGCAGAGUGACACAGCGAAGGAUGCCGCAGGGGAAAGCAUGGAGAAUGACCAGCAAGAGUCUGAGGGCACUGGUCAGGCCACAGCGGAAGCCUCUGAAGGUCACCAGGGUCAAAAGUCACACACAUCUGCAGACUCCAGUGCUCAGGCUAAACGGAAAAUGCAUGAACGGCAGCCUGGUAAAGCAGACAGCGACAGGUCUCUAGGAUCUGAUGAACAAAAGUACAAGAGGCUGAAGACUACUGACACCACGGACGUCAAUGUUGAUGACAGGAAAGAUACAGAUGAGGAGAGGGAGAAGCAGGUGGACGCUGAUGAGUUUGAGCAUGUGAAGGACUCACAAUCACACUAUGACACCCAGACGCUUGACGUCGCCACAGCAGAGCAGCUGGAGGAACAAGGGCAGAUAACUCAGGAAAAUGAGGAGGCAGACAAAACUCCCGACCAGGAGGAUGAAAUGGAGGAGGAGGAACAGACAGAGGAUGACCAGCAAGUGGAUAACAUGUCUUCAGCCAAGCUCAAGAAAAAGUCAAAACCAGACAAUGAACAGACUGACAAUCCAGAUGAAGGAGAUUCUCUGAAAAACGAGGGUGAUGGUCAACACGAGAUACCGGGAGAGAAGGUUGCCACAAUGACAGUUGCAAGGGGCGAUGAGUCAACUAUACACACUGCCAUGGAAUACUUAAGCAUGGAUAAUACUCCGUUUGACCUUGAGAGUUUGCGUGAGGAGUUGGAGAGCCAGCUGGGGUCGUGGAGCCAGUCCAAUCUGCCUGUUAACACAGACAUGGAAUCUGCAGCCAGUGAGCUGUGGCACCGAUAUGAAGCUCUGACAGGGUCGCUGGCCCAGGAUUUGUGUGAACAGCUGCGCCUAGUGCUCGAGCCAUCGCAGGCCACAAAACUCAAGGGAGACUAUCGGACCGGUAAACGGCUGAACAUGCGUAAAGUUAUCCCUUACAUUGCGAGUCAAUUCCGGAAGGACAAGAUCUGGCUGCGGAGGACGAAACCCAGCAAACGGCAAUACCAGAUCAUGUUGGCCAUCGAUGACUCGUCUAGCAUGGUUGACAACCACUCCAAACAGAUGGCCUUUGAGUCCCUGUCAUUAAUAUCCAACGCUCUGACACUUCUUGAAGCUGGACAACUGUCAAUCUGCAGUUUUGGGGAGACAGUGAACGUACUACACCCAUUCACGGAGCAGUUCACCAGUCACUCUGGGGCACAUCUCCUGCAGUACCUUACCUUCGAACAGAGGAAAACUAAAAUUGCUCAGCUUCUAAAGCAAGCCACCAGUAUGAUGUUGGAUGCCCGUGAGAAGCAGCCCGGGCCAGGAGGGAACCCCGAGACGUCCCAACUACUCAUGGUCGUGUCAGACGGGCGUGGCUUGUUUAUGGAAGGGAUGGAGGCCGUGAAGACGGCUGUACGACAGGCGCGCGAAGCCAGUGUGUUCAUAGUGUUCGUCAUUAUUGACAAUCCGGUCAACAAGGACUCCAUACUGGACAUCAAGGUUCCUGUAUUCAAGCAAGCCGGCCAGGUUCCCGAGAUCAAAUCUUACAUGGACUCAUUCCCUUUCCCAUUCUACAUUAUCCUACGUGACAUCAACAGUCUUCCCAGUGUGCUUAGUGACGCAUUAAGACAGUGGUUUGAGUUGGUCACCGCUCUUGACAGAUAAUACAGAAAGAUACCACUGCCACAUGUAUGUGACACCAACAGCUUAACCAGUGUGCUCAGUGGCACCUUUAAAUAGUCUUUUGAACUUGUUACCACUGUGAACAGAUGUUGUCGUCUGUCUUAAAAAAAGACUUUUAGAGGAUUAAGCAAGUGUUGUUUUCUCAACGUGCCCUGUUGUAUAGAAUCAAGGGUUUGAGCAAGCACGGAAAGCAUUUUACCAGUGUAUGGCUUGCGGGCUUGGGUAAUUUCAACCACUGUGUCCUACUAAGGUUUGCCAUUAUUUUUUUCAACAAGCCCUGCUGUAUAAUAUAAGGGGUUUAAGCCAGCCUGUAAGCAUUUUACCAGUGCAUGGCUUACAGGCUUGUGCUAAAUCCAACCACUGUGUCAUACUCCUACCAGCCUGAUUUGUGUCCUUUGGCACAUGGUCACAGAAGUUUUAAAUUUAUCUAAUCACUGCUCUCGACAGAUGAAGCAUUCUACAUAUACAUGUAUAUCUAUACAUAACCUUCCAGUUGGGUGGUUUGAGCUCAGUGUAACUUGCUUAAAACACUGAAUUUAAUUUGUUAACCAUCUAGGAAGAUGAUGGCAAAAUCUGCAAUUAUCAUUUAACAGUUUUUCAGCUCAUGAUAAUUAUAAUCAUGCCGUAAAAACCAAUUUUUGGGUAUGGGUUUUACUGUUACAGAAAGAAGAACAUGUACAAAUACAUACAUGAAGUAUAAUGUAUAUGAAUACAUCAUAAACAUGUUAAUUUAGAUAUUACUCAUGUACAUGUAUGUGGCAACUCCCAUUACUGUAGCCACAUAUUGUAUGAGUCAUGCUUCCUUAUUGAACUAGACAAAUACAAAAGAUGAGCAUUGUCAUGGCAAACGGUGCCCUUGUUUAUUUAAAGUAAGAUAUUAUAUAAUUGUAUGUGUUCUCAAUAAUAACUUGUUACAUUUCCACUUUUUAAAAUGUAUCAAUGACCAACUGUGACUGGUGAUUAUUACUUAUAUUUGAUUGUCUUAAGACGUAUACACAUGUCGACAUUUAAUAAAAAACAUUUUCACUGAACUUGUUAAUGUAUGUUGUUGAAGAUUUUCUCAAGAAUAAAGUAUGCAAAUUUUA